AUGUCUUCGUAUUCAUAUGUUGUAUUACUAUUAUUGGUGAUUAUUUCAAUCGUCAAUGCUGGUGAAAAAGUUUGUCCUGGCUAUGGAUUUAUUCGACCACCGGAGAAAUGUGAAUCAACAUGUUCAAGAGAAAAAGAUGAAUGUCCAUUAGGUAAAAAAUGUUGUUUCCGCAUUGAACAACCAUGCGGUUUUCAAUGUAUUGUACCGAAAGAUAAUGAACCAAAACCAGGCAAAUGUCCAACAUCUGAAAGCGAACAACAAAGUCCAUAUUGGGGCUUAUGUGAUGGACAUUUUUGUGAUGUUGAUAAUGAUUGCAAAGGUGCUGAAAAAUGUUGUCACAAUCCAUGUGGUUCGCCAAUAUGCGUUGCACCAAAAUAA